UGUACUCCUGUAACACUUAGUCGUAGACUUUCCUUAAUUUAGAACGAUGAGUGGCAAGACCUUCACGCAGAGAUACUUAGGAUUCUUUGCUUGGCUUCUGAUAAUUCUGCAACAGUGGAGCUGCUUCACGACAUAGGUGGUAUCAGGCAGAUUUUGAAGUACAUAGAAGGCACAGUACACUCAAGACUGUUCAUGGAAGCCCUCGAUGUAGCUGUUAGACUUACCCAUACAUCUUUGGGUAGAAGUGUAACAUAUAUUAUUUGCUAUAGCUUAACAGUACGUAAUUACUGCUCUCCGAAUUAAUACUUGUUUACUCUGUAGGCAUUAUACACUUACAAUAUCGUAGAUCAUUUAUUGAGCACAUUGGAAGAGAGUGUGCCAGCAAGCAUAUAUGAGAUCAGUUGUCAUGGAAUUGGUAUGAUGACUUUACACACAGAUGCUGUCAAACAACUGACUGAGAGCAAUUGUCUGAAGAACAUCCUAGACAUAUUGAAAACAGAAACUUUCAAGUGGCCAAUUAAACAAGCAGCAAUGUUUGCUUUAAGCCGAUUACUUAAAUGUGACAUAAGAAACUGUCAUAACUUCUUGGACAUGCAGGGCCAGAAUUAUCUGAUAUGGCUGAUGAAGCAGUCCGCAGGAAAGGUUCCUAUAGAGAUUCUAAUGGGCGCCGUAGAGUGUCUAACAACAAUAGCAAGACACCAGUCUUUACGCAGUACUAUCAUAAACACAGACACCAUGGAUGUAGUGUGCGCGUCCUUCGAGCUGACCUGUCCAACAAUAACCGAUUACAAGAUCGCCUGCUGCAACGCCCUUCCCAUUCUCUGCACGGACAAGACUGGAAGAACCGUUUUCCUGAAAGUCCGUGGGCCGACCAGAUUAUAUAAUCUGUUAUGCGACGUCAAGUCGAUCCCGACAAGGAACGCAGCCGCCCAACUCGUUCAAUUGUUAUGCGCGGAUCCGGUUCUGGCCGAUGUUUUCGUGCAGGCCAGAUACCUGAAUUAG